CAGAACAAAAAACAUGGCGUCGCACUCUCGGCAUUGUCAACAUUGAGUCGGAAGUCGUUCGUUUCUAAGACAAUUAUACGAGAUAAAACUUUAUUGUCAUUUCUAGGAACUAUUUAGACCCUGAUUCCUGCAUACUUCAUAUUGCACCAAACAGAUUCCAAAGAAAAAUUCCUCUAAACAAAACAAAAAUCAAAUAAUUUUGUUUUGAAGUGGGCAUCUUUAUGCUGAAAUUAUAAAUCUACACCUCAACCUUCCUUUAAAUAGGCAUAAAAGGAAGUUGAAAUUUUACAAUUCAUUGAAAUGGUGCCAAAUAGUGAAGAGAGUAAUGGAGCUACGAGCAGCACAGAGCAAACCGCUUUGAAGUCCUCUAAAACGAGCAAAGGGAAAAUUACUCCUUCAAAAAGUGUAGUUAAUUUGGAAAAAGACACUGAAGAAUAUCGCAAGCUCAGAGAUAGAAAUAAUGAAGCUGUCAAAAAGAGUCGUACAAGGACCAAAUUGAGGACCCAGGACACACUGGACAAAGUGGAGAAACUAAGGGACGAAAACACCAAGCUAGAAGACCGUAUUGAGGGAUUAAAGAAAGAGCUGGAGCUGCUCAAGGAACUUUUUGUCAGCCAUGCAGGUACCAAGAGCAUGAAGAGGCUGACUGAAGUGGAUCUUGAUGUACUUAUUGCUGAAGCUGCACCCAAUAGCAAGAAAAGUAAGAAAGCAGGUACACCCUACACUGGAAGAAGCAGAGAAGAGAUUGAAAAAGAAGUAAUUGCUCUGUUGGGGCAACAAGAUGAGGAGUGUGAUAAUGAAGAAGAGCCUCAGCCUUCCACAUCCCGUGACAUAGACCAAACUGAUAUGUCUGAACAUUCACUGAUGGAAGAUCACGUCAGCGCCAAUAACACUGUCGAUUGUGUAGAUCUAGCGAACGAACAUGAAGCACAAGAAAUCCUCACUGUUGAAUCCUCUGAAGAAAUUAAUGCCGAUGGAGAAAUCACCGAGACCUACACAAUCGUCGAUGAUGGCACUGGCGGACCUCACAUAUGGACCACAGAGGACGGUGAAUCUGUCGUCGUAACUAUUGAACAAGAUGAGCAAGGUACCUUAGUCGCGUCUACUGUUCAGCAACAGGACAUAAAUGACAUCAUUCAGGGAGAAAUUUUGAUGUUGGAAUAAAACCCAUGCCAAUACAUUGAUUUCAUACAUGUGUUUAGGUUUGUCACGCAGAAUGUGGCUAACGAUUUACAUUUUUCUCUGCAUUUUUGCAUACUCCCAAUUAUCGGUUGAUUAAUUGGUAACCAAGGCUUCUAUUUUGUAUGUGCUGGAGCAAAAAUAUCACUAACGAACCAUUUGAUCUCGGAAA